AUGCGUGAAUGUAUCUCAAUCCACAUCGGUCAAGCCGGUGUACAAAUGGGCAAUGCUUGCUGGGAAUUAUUCUGUUUAGAGCAUGGUAUUCAACCAGAUGGCUUACUGCCAUCCAAUGUAUCCAUCAAUGGCUCUGGUGAUGACUCAUUCAGUACCUUUUUCUAUGAGACAGGUGCCGGAAAGCAUGUUCCACGAGCAAUCCUCAUGGACUUGGAGCCUACUGUAGUUGAUGAGGUCCGGGUUGGGACUUAUCGAAAAUUAUUUCAUCCCGAACAAAUGAUAACUGGCAAAGAAGAUGCAGCUAACAACUAUGCACGCGGACAUUACACAGUGGGAAAAGAAAUUAUUGAUCUAGUUUUAGAUCGUGUACGUAAAGUAGCUGAUCAAUGCACAGGCUUGCAAGGCUUUUUGAUUUUUCAUUCAUUCGGAGGAGGUACUGGAUCUGGUUUCACAUCUCUUCUCAUGGAACGUUUAAGUAUGGACUAUGGUAAAAAGUCAAAACUCGAAUUUGCUGUCUAUCCUGCUCCACAAAUAUCGACAGCAGUGGUUGAGCCUUACAAUUCAAUUUUAACUACUCAUACCACAUUGGAACAUUCCGAUUGCUCAUUUCUGGUUGAUAACGAGGCACUGUAUGACAUUUGCCGUCGAAAUUUAAAUAUUGAACGACCAACUUAUACUAAUCUGAAUCGUUUAUUAGCUCAAGUGAUCUCUUCAAUCACGGCAUCAUUACGAUUUGAUGGCGCCUUAAAUGUUGAUCUGUGUGAAUUUCAAACGAAUUUGGUACCAUAUCCACGCAUCCAUUUUCCAUUAGCAACGUAUGCACCUAUCAUAAGCGCGGAAAAAGCUUACCAUGAAAUCUUAUCCGUAGCAGAACUAACCAACGCUGUGUUCGAACCAGCAAAUCAAAUGGUGAAAUGCGAUCCACGUCAUGGAAAAUACAUGGCAUGCUGCAUGUUAUACCGAGGCGAUGUGGUUCCGAAAGAUGUUAGUGCGUCGAUUGCGACGAUCAAAACAAAACGAACUAUUCAGUUUGUUGAUUGGUGUCCAACUGGUUUCAAGGUCGGAAUUAACUAUCAACCACCCUCUGUAGUUCCAGGUGGAGAUCUGGCCAAAGUUCAACGAGCUCUAUGUAUGUUGUCCAAUACAACAGCCAUUGCAGAGGCAUGGAGCCGACUUGAUCAUAAAUUUGAUCUAAUGUAUGCAAAACGUGCUUUUGUUCAUUGGUAUGUUGGCGAAGGAAUGGAAGAAGGAGAGUUUAGCGAAGCUCGUGAAGACCUUGCUGCACUGGAAAAAGACUAUGAAGAAGUCGCCACGUGCAACAGACACAGAACAGUUUUUUUCUUUCUAAUGCCACCGACAUCUCGCGAUUACAAUCCUAUUGUGGAUGCCAAUGCAAGCUCUCGAUACUUUCAUCACUGGCUGUCGGCAUUACUGAGAAAGAGUCGAAAACAAGGUGUGCUGCACCCUCAUGAUCUCUAUGAAUUACCACCUUAUCUUCAGUCAGCGGAGCUUACUGAUAAACUAGAGAACAAUUGGUUCGAUGAGGUGAAUAAACACCCGACGAACCCGAGUCUCUUGCGGGCAACGAUACGGACACUUGGGUGGAAGCAAUUAUUUGCCGGCUUUUUCGCAUUCGCUAAUGGAAUAUCCCAAAUCGUACAACCGUUGUUUUUAAUUAUGUUGAUGCGAUUUUUCGAACCGUGUUCUUCUACAUCAACAACACAUGCUUGGUUUUUUGCCAUAGGAACGGUACUGGCAACUUUUUUUGGAAGUCUCGUCGUACAUCAUUAUGUUAUGCUAAACGAGAUUUACAGUAUGCAGAUUUUUGCUGCUUAUACAGGUUUAAUAUACCGUAAAAUACUUCGAUUAUCGCUCUACUCAAUGAAUAAAAUUACAUCGGGUGAAAUUACGAAUAUUAUAUCAAAUGACGCAUUCCAAGUUUAUUUAUUACUCAUGUUUUCUAAUUAUAUUUGGAUUGCUCCUAUACAACUCAUUCUGGUUACUUUUGUCUUCUGGUAUUUUGUAAGAUAUAUUGCUUUGAUUGCCGUUGGUUACUCGCUGUGUCUUUUGCUGAUACAACCGCUCUACAGUCGUCUUUUUGUUCGAUUACGAACGAGCAUUCUUCAAAUAACCGAUGAACGUCUGAAAGUCAUGUCCGAAAUCAUUAAAUCCAUGCGUAUCGUCAAAAUGUACUGUUGGGAAUCCGCAUUUGUUGAAAAAGUGUGUACUAUACGAAGACGAGAGAUUCUUUACUAUACGUUUUAUACCAUAUGUGAUGCUAUUCAAGUGAUCUUCACGAACAACUAUAGUACGAUCACUUUUCUGAUGAUGUAUGGGGCAAUGUGGUCAUUGAAUAUUCGAUUCGAUGCACGUUUCUUCGCUGUUGCUUCAUGUAUAUUGGGUUUCAUGAAAGUUUUUACCAUUGAUUUCUUUUCCAAUGCGAUUCGUGAUCUUUCGAAUUAUUUGGUUGCUCAAAAGCGAAUUGAAGCGUUUUUGCUCCUUGAUGAGUGCGAACGUAAUACUCGGCUGUCGUCAUUUUCAAACACAGAAAAUUCUUCAUCGGAUGAGCUAACGCUUGUCGAGAAAAACGUUACGAAAGCCAUCGAAGUCACGUGUGAUUUGAAAACAGCACAAUGGGAAAAAGAUGGAACAUUUGCAUUACGAAAAAUUGUAUUCGAUGCUCGGCCUGGCGAUUUGAUCUGUGUUAUUGGUCCAGUGGGAUGCGGCAAAAGUUCACUUCUACAAGCAUUAACUGGCGAAAUUGCGUACUUCGACGGAAAAGUUCGAUUACGCGGUACAUUUUGCUACGUACCUCAAGAAGCUUGGAUCUUUUCAUCAACAGUAAAGAAUAACAUUCUUUUCGGAAAAGAAUACAAUCACAAACUAUUUCAACGAGUUCUACAUGCCACGGCUCUCGAUGCUGAUAUCGAACAAUUACCACAAGGUACUAAUACGCUUGUCGGUGAUCAAGGUGUGAUGCUAUCUGGAGGACAAAAAGCACGAGUGAACAUGGCAAGAGCAUUGUACCGAAAAGCGGACAUCUAUUUGCUUGAUGAUCCACUCUCAGCUGUUGAUGUGAAAGUGUCAAAACAUAUCUUCGAAGACUCAAUUAAGAAUUAUCUCUCGGAUAAAGUCUGCAUCUUAGUCACUCAUCAAAUCCAAUUUCUUCAAGAUGCAACUAAAAUCAUCGUUCUCGAGAAAGGCGAAAUGAUACACAUUGGUACUUACAAUGAAUUGAUGUCUUCAUCUGCAUCCUUUUCGCAUCUUCUGGAAGACAUCCACCAACAAGAACAAGAAUCUUUGGUUCAAGUCCAUCAUCAACUAUCAGUCAUCAGUUCUACCUAUUCAGAACAGAACGAAGACGACGACUUAUUUGACCAUACCGAUACAAAACAACAGGGUGCAAUUAAGCUAUCCGUUUAUCUUUCAUAUGUUCGAGCUGGUCUUGGCUGUGUACUGGGUUUUGUGGCGAUCUUAAUACUUUUGACUGCUCGUCAAGCAACAUUCAUGUAUAGCACUUGGUGGUUAGCAAAAUGGAGUGACGAUGAAGGUUAUCGGUACGGUAAUUUAAGUUAUUGUCCAUCAGGUAUUACGACGAAUGUUACUAAUCUGUAUUUAAUGAGUAAUAAUCAAUGGAAUGAAUAUCGAAACACGAAAUUUUUUAUGUUUUGCGGCAUUAUCGCGCUGUUAUUAAUGCUGACAUUCCUGUGUACAUUAGGAAUGAAAACAAUGUGUUUGAAUGCUGGACGAGUACUUCAUAAUAAAAUGUUUCAACGAAUCGUGCGAUGUCCAAUCUUAUUUUUUGACAUGAAUCCCAUUGGUCGCAUCAUGAAUCGUUUCGCUCGUGAUGUGAUGAUCAUGGAUACCGAUAUUGUAAUGGAUAUUCCGGAUUUUCUUGAGUGUGCAUCAACGGUUUUGGGAACUAUCAUCUUAAUUGGUAUUAUCAAUCCCUGGUCGUUCAUUCCUGCAGCUGUAGGUGUCGUGGGAAUGCUAGUAGUUCGAUAUCGUUUUGCAUCUGGAUUGCGCGAUUUGAAACGAAUCAGCGAACACUCACGAACACCCAUGUUUUCGUAUGUAUCAUCUACUAUUCACGGCUUGAAAGUGAUCCGAUCUUAUCAUGCGGAGUCGUUGUGCUCAAAACAAUUCCUUAAUUAUCUUGAUCAUCACAUCCAAGCUUAUUUUUUAACCGCUGUUGCUGAACGAUGGGCUGCUAUACGUUUCGACUGGGUGUCAUUGAUGUUCUUAACUAUGGUGACAGUCUGUUCUAUUCUAGUGCAUAUUUACAGAGGCGAACUCUCCACAGCAGAUAUUGCAUUGAUACUCUCCUACAGUCUCAACUUAAUGGGACUCUUUCAAUGGACGAUCAGACAAUCGGUUAUGGUUGAUACUCACAUGACGGCAGUAGAACGAAUCCUAGAAUAUUGUGCGCUAGAUCAAGAACCAUCAUCCACCAAAUCCUUACCGAAAAAUCGACCACCAAAAGACUGGCCAAGCAAAGGUCAAAUUCGUUUUCAAAAUGUUUCGAUGGCCUAUUCAGAAGACGAAAAGUCAUCACUCGUUUUACACGACAUAACGCUAAAUAUUGCAAGUGGAGAAAAGAUCGGCAUUGUCGGCAGAACAGGAGCCGGCAAAAGUUCUCUCAUUCAAAUAUUAUUUCGUAUGGGAAUACUUGUCGAAGGACACAUUGAAAUCGAUGGAAUUGACAUUUCGACAAUUGAUUUGGACGAUCUGCGAAGUCGAAUAUCCAUUAUUCCACAAGAGCCCAUUCUAUUCACAGGAACGAUUCGAAGUAAUCUCGACCCAUUCCACGAUUAUUCUGAUCAACAAAUAUGGCAUGCCCUCGAAGAAGUACAACUGAAGGCACUUGUACACGAUGUCAUGUCCAAUGGAUUAGAUUCAACAGUUAAUGAAAAUGGCUCGAAUUUAAGUGUCGGUCAAAAGCAACUAAUCUGUUUGGCAAGAGCAAUUCUGAAAAAAAGUAAAAUCCUUGUCAUUGAUGAAGCUACAGCCAAUGUCGAUAAUGUAACGGAUGAACUGAUACAAAGAGCGAUUCGAGGUAAAUUCCGAGACUGUACAGUAUUAACUAUCGCGCAUCGACUGAGAACGAUUAUCGACAGCGAUCGAAUACUGGUUCUGGGUUAUGGGGAAGUGUUGGAAUUCGAUACUCCAUCGAUAUUGUUAGCGAAUGCGAAAUCUUAUUUUGUUUCAUUGGUUGAGCAAACUGGUCCAAGUGAAGCGGAACACCUACGAUCGUUAGCCAAACAAGCGGAGACUGAAAUCAAGUCGGCAGUAAUAUUAAAAACGAAUGUGGACACUGAUGAAACUAUUGAAAACAAUGAACGAGAUCCUCUCUUAGUGUGA